ACUAAAUUCUAUAUUGUCUCUGAGCUCAAGAGGCCAUUUUUCUGAAAAAGUGUGAAGUGGGGAAGGGAAAAAAGGCGAAUACAUGUCAAAUAUUUCAAGGCUGCAGUGUGAUGAUUCUAAUUUUUGCAAACGUGAUAGCGAUCUCAACAAAUAAUUUCACAGCCCUCCGCUACGGUGUUGUGUUUAUGGACAACCUCGCGGCUGUCGUGAGUGAUCAUAACAAAGGUUGAUGCGAAAUCGACAAAAAAGAUGGGUUAUUAUUGUACAGUCCCACAAUGCACUUCGCUCGCCGGCAAGACUAAAAACGUAAAGUUCCACCGUUUUCCUCGCGACGUAACGAUGGCUGAUAAGUGGAAUAACAUACUGAAACGCGGGAAACCGUAUACAAAAUACUCGAAAGUAUGCAGCCUCCACUUCACCCAAGCGGAUUACAAUGCCACAACAAUGGGUAAGAAUAAAGGACAAUGGAAGACCCUGUCAAAAGACGCGAUCCCGUCACAGAAUCUACCCAAGCUGAACCCUGAUGGCACAGUGAUGGUUAUCCGUAAGAGUCGCACAGUCAAAUACAGGGAGAGCAAAAAAGAGGACCAAUCUAUUAGCUGCAAAUCAGAGAAGUGGUCAAGUUUGAGCCAGACACCCCUGCCAUUGCCUCUGACACCAUCAGAAGUUCUAUCGCCGGAGCAACAUGAAAGUAAUCUUAACUACCGGCUCCAUACGUUGAGCUCGAUCGCGAGCUCCAUAGCGCCACAGAAUGUACCCCCGAGUACACCACACAACCACAUUCAAACCAUACAGAAACCGGGUACUCCACACAGCAGUACACCACACAGCAGUACUUCACACAGCAGUACACCGCACGGCAGUACACCGCACGGCAGUACACCGCACGGCAGUUCACCGCACGGCAGUACACCGCACGCUAGUACGCCACACAACCAAACACAGACUAUACAAAAACCGAGGAAACAGGACGCGAUCAUGCAAACAGAUCCAGUGAACUCAGAAGAAGACGACCAGCAGAACAGUUUCAGCGAAUCAGAAAAGUCGUACAACGGAUCAUACGGCCAGUACAGCGAGGCGAAGAAAUACGAGAUGCCAAAAGACUUCUCCAAAACCACAGAAGAUUACAUACCCCAGACUAACGAGGAAUAUAACAAGGAAGCGGAAAAGUACGCUUUAGAAAGGAAAUCCCACAACGGCUACGACAAAAUGGAUUACCCGAAACAAGUCGUCGAAAAUGGAUACCAGAAAGCGGCAGAUGUGUACACUUUCACCGAGAAAGAGUACCAGAGACCUGAGCCGUACAGUUACUCUUCGUCCUAUCAAGACAGCGUGGAGAUAUUGAGGAAUCAACAGCACAAUUUGCAGAUCCUACAGGAGCAACACAGGAUCACGGAGAAUCAGAAUUUUUUUAACGAAAGCCAUAUAAAGCAGGAAAUAGAUUUUGGCAAUGAAGAGGACAAAUUUCUGUACGAACGGAGUAAGGAGCAGAUUGAUGCGGGCACAAUGUACGAGAGCCAAAGAAGGGCGUUGGAGCAGCAAAGAUUAAUGGAUCAGAUCCAGCACCAGGUCAAACAGGAGGAGCCAGAAUCCCUCACUGGUCGUGAAAACGUUAUGCAACCACAGGGCAGUCCUUACUACUCAAAUGCACCCAGUAAUGUUACAGGUGGUUACUACGACCAGCUGUCGAGACCGGGUCCGGAGUUGCUGAUCGCGAAGCAAAACGCCUUAGCUGCGCACACGCAACUAUGGCAGAAUAUGAAGCGGCCUUUUUACUACAGUGAGGGCGCACACUAUAACACGCCUCAGCUGUUGCAGAGAUAUGAGGACCUAUCCAGAAUCCUACAGUGAUGAAAGACAUUCCAAAGUUAUUAAAUACAAAUAUAUUAUUUUAUAUAAAAAAUAAAUACUUACUAAAAUCUUAUUUCUCUAAGCGACGAUAAUCUCUUGGUGAUUUACUUCUUUUUUUUUUUUUGUUUUAAUAUAAAACUGUAAAUAUUUAUUAUCUGUACUCUAUAUUGUAAAAUUAUAUUGAGUCUGUUCGGCAUGGCGGCAAUUUUGACUUUGACAAAUACAGAUUAUAAUUUUAUAUUGAGAGAUUAGUUUUAAAAAGUGUCAAAAUUCAGAUUAUGUACGAGAUUAGUAACUAACAACCAACCCUGGGAACGAACCGAUGUUUUGAAGGACGGUCGUAGAUGCCUGCCUGGCUAAGUUUGGCCUGAUCUGGUCAUUUGACUCAGUAGGUGUUUGCGCCUUACGGGAACCUCUUUUGAACCGCUUGAUAAUAUGUUCUAUACGCGAACUAUUAUGUUAACAUAGGGCCCUAGCACUCAUGAUUCUUUAGCAUAAGUGAUCGGCGAUUUUGCGACGGCAUCGAUUGCUGCAUCCCGCUUUGACGACUUUCUGCGUUCGAUCGCUGAAAUAAUAAAUAAAUUGACUUGACCGCUGCGACUUCGGACUGCGAAGAUUGUAUGUGUGCGGAGUGGAGCGUAGAAUCGCGGCAUCGAGCAACUAAGUCGCCGAUCGCUGAUGCUAAAAAUAUCGUGUCUGCUAAGACCCUUAUGUAUUGUUAAGUAAGGUUUAGUUGUUGGUUACUGAUUUCUAAUUUCAAAAUAGAUAUUAGAUAUUAAAAACAAAGUGUAAAGAAAUAAGGAUAGAUGCUAAACUAAGUCUGUGCAAUAUUGUGUCACCAAAAAUGAAGUACUCUUAUAAAGAUUAUCUUUUAAAUAAACUAAAUAUUUUUUUUUA